AUGAAGUCAUUUGUCGUCGCUGGGGUUUUUGCUUGGGGUGCCGCCGCUCAGAGCGGUGCCUGGGGUCAGUGUGGUGGCAUUGGCUAUACCGGUGCUACCAGCUGCGUGUCGGCGUAUAGCUGUGUAUACGUGAAUGAUUGGUACAGCCAGUGCCAGCCCGGCGCUGCCGCGACCACUCUGAGGACAUCGACCACCCCCUCGCCGCCUGCUUCGAGCACGUCUACCACCCCACCGGCCUCAACAGGCACUGCGGGCGUUCGCUAUGUCGGCCGCGUCAACCCGGAUACCAAGGAGCUGAGCUGGCCGGGCUCCGGUGUUUCCUUCACAUUCACAGGAACCUCGGCCUCCAUUGGCAUCGCCUCCAUCAGCGGCACCAACAGCGUGGACCUCGUCGUCGACGGCGCCGCUCCCAUCGUCAUCACCAACUUCGGCACCAGCAUCACCACCCCCGCCGGUCUCUCUCAGGGCACGCACACCGUCACCCUCCGCAAGCGGUCCGAGCCCCAAUACGGCACCAUCUUCCUCGGCUCCAUCACCACCAACGGCGCCUUCGUAGCCAGCACCAUCCCUGCCCGCCAAAUUGAAAUCAUCGGGGACUCCAUCUCGGUCGGCUACGGCCUCGACGGCACCAACCCCUGCGCCAACAGCGCCGCCGUCGAAAACAACCCAAAAACCUACGGCGCCCUGGCCGCCGUCGCCCUCAACGCCGACUACAACGUGAUCGCCUGGAGCGGCAAGGGCAUCGUGCGCAACAUCGCCAUCGGCAGCCCCGACACCAGCCCGCUCAUCCCGCAACUCUACACCCGCUACGGCGCCGACGACCCCGACAACAGCUACCCCCACCCGGCUUCCUGGUCCCCCUCCGCCAUCGUCAUCAACCUCGGCACCAACGACUUCAGCUACAUCUCGUGGGACGCGUCCGGCAACCCCUUCAACGCGCGCGAGGCCCUCGACAUCCCCACCUACACCGCAGGCCUGGUCUCCUUCGUGCGGGACCUGCAGACGCACUACCCGGACGCGCACUUCUUCCUGGUGGGGUCGCCCAUGCUGAGUGAUUAUUACCCGACCGCGGAGGACGCGCAGAAGAGCACGCAGACGGGCGCGCUGAAGAGCGCGGUGGCGGAGUUGGGUGCCAAGGCGCACUUUGUGGAUUGGUCGACGCAGGGCAGUGAGGUGGGCUGUGAUUAUCAUCCGAAUGCGGACACGCAUGCCGCAGAGGCGGAGGUGCUUGCGGAGGCCAUUAAGGCAGUGUUGGGGUGGUGA